AUGUCUCAGCCUGCUCUUUACAGCGCACCACGGCGAUUUGGGCGUUAUGAGCCAUUCCUGCGAUUUGACCAUCUCUCAUCAGGCCAUGCCAGUGUUGGAAGUAGAUGCGUUGGAAAAAUGACAGUGGACUGUCGUUUUCUCUUUAAGAAGUCAAGAUGGGGUGUUUUGGGUGAAAGCCAGUUCCCAGCAGGUAUCCUCUAUCUUGACCUUAAUUUUGGCCCACCCCAAGGCUGCAAAGUUAAAAGUGCGACGGUCACCGUUACGCUUGAUGACAGCGACGAGUGUCUUCGCUCUUUAACGAGUGAUGACGGAGAUUUAUACCACAACUCCAAUUGUUCUCUUGAAAUGACAGGCUAUUUUGGCCCCCAGCCGCUUCUGGGUGAAGAAAAGAGUACCGAAUUUAGGCGAACCAUGCGCAUGACUCCUGAGGUCCAGGCAAUGGGUUUCGGCGUUGGUGGUAUCGGUGGCGAGUCGGAAAAGGCGUUCAAAGGAUCUUCCAGAUGGACCUUCAUGGGCCAGGUUUUAGCUGGCAAACGCCCGUCGUCGUACAAAACUCUCAAGUGGUAUCUCACAGCUAAUGAGCUCGAAAGCCAAGCAUUUCGUAGCAGCUGUGUGCACACCGCAUUUGCUUUCCAGCACUCUGGAAAACCUUUCCUGAUGAGAGUUGAUAUUGAAGGCCGGCUCGAGAAGUGGAAUCAAAGAAUCAAGAAUAAGCUGAAAUUCGGAUCCGGCUUGAACCCGUCUGAGGGCCAAACAACGACACUGAUCAGCUUCGAACAGUGGAAGUCGUACGAUCUCCCCUUAGAUGAGUACGCACAGCAACUGCCUAAGAAAAUGUGGCUGGAGAACUACGAAUCAACACCUAUCCAAAUGCCCGAUACUCGUGAGGUUUCGUUCAGCCAGGAAAAUGGCCCACAUAGAGCUGAAAAAACACCAUUUCAAAAAGACACUUUUCUUGCAGACGAACCUAUAAAUGGGCUUCCAACCUCACCACCUCCCUCAGACUCAAGGCCCACACCAUGUCUUGAAGAUACAGAACUUCAACAAGUCAUGGAUUGUCUCUCUCGCCCACCUCAAGUCCAAAAGGCACAUCGAUUCCCUCAAGAUUGUUCUCAAAGUUCAUCCAACACGGUGGUGGCAGACGAGGAAAGCUCGGACGAUAUUUCGGCUGUGAAAGUUGUGAAAGGAGAAGUUGCGCCUUCAACGCCACAAGCAGAUCUCGAGGCCAUACAGCGACUCCUUCGGGUUCCUGUCGUACUCGCCCUUUUACAGCUUCUAUCCAGUAUCGUAGACACGUUUGCACCUCCAAGAAAAAGGGAUGUAAACUAG